AUGGCCCAUCCCUCUCAUACAACACCUCCCCCUGGACAUGACGCGGAUGAUCCACAGCAAAUCCAGUGGCCGAUGAUAUACUUCCUGAUGGUAUGCUUCGCAAUGAACGCGGUCGCGCAACCCACCGGCAGGAUGCUGGGCCUCCCCUACCCGCAUUCAGCCAUCUUCCGCAGCUCCCCGUUCCUCUGCGGGUUUGACGCAGUUCACAUCCUCGCGCACUGGCUCGCGGAGUAUAUUUCCGCCUGCUGGUCGGAGCGGAGACUCGCAGACUUCCGCCUCGCAGCCACGCGCGCGCUCAUGUAUCGCCUUAUCGACGACGACGAACCGGAUAUCAAAGCGGCGAGGCGCAUCAAGCAAGGGGCGCACCUCCGCUGA